UGCCUCUUGAGGUUGUCCCCGUGCCGCCGUCCACAGCGAUGGUGAAGGAUUGGACUCUACAGGCUCACGACCUUCAAGUGCACUUUCGGGGGCCAGCACCCUUUGUUCCAGGACUGGCGGGCCUGAACAAUGGCUGAGGGCCGGGGGACCCCAUAGACUUGCACCUCCACUUUCCAGGGGCAGCAGCACUCCAGUGCCCGAGGACUAUGACCACCUAUCGGCCUCUUCCUAAUGAUGGUGUGGACCUGGCAGCCAGCUGUGGGGCCAGGGCCGCCGACAUCCUCCCCGGGCCCCACCCUGGGGACUACACUCCCAUGGGAUUCUGGGCCCAGAACGGCAGCAUGUCCCAGCCUUUUGGCGACAGCCCAGCCACUGCCACCACCCGCCCUAGCCCCACCACCCCAGCGAUGCCCAAGAUGGGCGUGCGUGCCAGAGUGGCUGAUUGGCCGCCCAAGCGAGAUGCCCUGAGAGAACAGAGCAAUCCCAGCCCCUCCCAGGACGCAGACGGCGUGAAGACCACCAAAGCGACCCAUUCCGCGAGGAACCUACAGAACGGACAGCUCCCCUCCAGCACCCCAGCUCCCUCAGGUUCCAGAGCCUUCCACCGGCUCUCCAGGAGAAGGUCCAAAGACGUAGAAUUCCAGGAUGGGUGGCCCAGGUCCCCCGGCCGGGCCUUCCUCCCUCUGCGACACCGGAGCAGCAGCGAGAUCACCCUCAGCGAGUGUGACGUAGAGGAAGUGGGAGAGCCGCGGGGGGCCCGGCACCCUGGGGCGCUGCCUCUCUUCCGCGAGUACGGCAGCACGUCCUCCAUCGACGUGCAGGGCGUGCCGGAGCAGAGCUUCUUCGACAUCCUCAAUGAGUUCCGCAGCGAGCAGCCAGAGGAGGCUCGGGGCUCCCACAACCUCAGCGAGCUGCUGCGGGUGGAUCCCGGCAGCCUCUCCGGGGGCAGCUGUGGGGCCAAGGGGGAGCCCCGCAACGGCCAGCCCGCCAGAGAGAGCCUGCAGCCUCUCAGGGAGAGGGAGAAGCCCCGGAAGAAACCGGUGCGGGGACUGGGCGGUGGGGACACCGUGGACUCGUCCAUCUUCAGGAAGCUGAGGAGCAGCAGGCCUGAGGGGGAAGUGGGGCGGCCUCUGGGAGAGACUGAGGAGGGCCGAAGCCCCCCAGAGGCCAGCAGGCCGUGGGUCUGCCAGAAGAGCUUUGCCCAUUUCGACGUGCAGAGCAUGCUGUUCGACCUCAACGAGGCGGCCGCCAACAGGGUGUCGGGGGCCCAGAGGCGCAACACCACCACAGGGGCCUCGGCCGCCUCGGCCAUGGCGACGCUCACGGCGUCCCGCGCCCACAGCCUGGGGGCCCCCGACCCAGCCUUCACCAGCACGGAGGAUCUGAACUGCAAAGAGAGCCUGGAGCACGACCCGGGCGAUGACAACAGCAACGACCUGCUGCUCAGCUGCCCGCACUUCCGCAACGAGAUCGGCGGGGAGCGCGAGCGCAACGUCAGCUUCUCCCGGGCCUCCGCGGGUUCCCCGGGGGGCGGCAGCGAGGCCCACGUCGUCCUCGCCCCUCCUGCCGCGGAGCUCACCCCGAGCACCCACCGCACAAACGCCAGCAUCUCGGUGCUGGAGGUACCCAAGGAGCAGCAGAGGACACAGAGCCGGCCCCGGCAGUACAGCAUCGAGCACGUGGACCUGGGCGCCCGGUACUACCAGGACUACUUCGUGGGCAAAGAGCACGCCAACUACUUCGGCGUGGACGAGAAGCUGGGCCCCGUGGCGGUGAGCAUCAAGCGGGAGAAGCUGGAGGACCACAAGGACCACGGGCCUCAGCACCAGUACAGGAUCAUCUUCAGGACCCGAGAGCUCACCACGCUUCGGGGUUCCCUUCUUGAGGACGCCACGCCCACGGCCACCAAGCACGGGACGGGGCGGGGCCUGCCCCUGAAGGAUGCGCUGGAGUACGUCAUCCCUGAGCUCAACAUCCAGUGCCUGCGCCUUGCCCUCAGCACCCCCAAAGUCACCGAGCAGCUGCUAAAACUUGAUGAACAAGGGCUGUGCCGCAAGCACAAGGUCGGCAUCCUCUACUGCAAGGCGGGCCAGGGCUCCGAGGAGGACAUGUACAACAACGAGGAGGCCGGCCCCGCCUUCGAGGAGUUCCUGGAGUUGCUGGGCGAGAAGGUGUGUCUGAAGGGCUUCUCCAAGUACGCUGCCCAGCUGGACGUCAAGACGGACUCCACGGGGACCCACUCGCUCUACACGACGUACCAGGACUACGAGAUCAUGUUCCACGUCUCCACCCUGCUCCCUUACACUCCCAACAACAGGCAGCAGCUGCUGAGGAAGAGGCACAUCGGGAACGACAUUGUGACCAUCAUCUUCCAGGAGCCAGGCGCCUUGCCUUUCACCCCUAAGAGCAUCCGCUCCCACUUCCAGCACGUCUUCAUCAUCGUCCGCGUCCAUAACCCCUGCACGGAGAAUGUCUGCUACAGCAUGGCCGUGACCCGAUCCAAAGACGCUCCCCCUUUUGGGCCCCCCAUCCCUAACGGAACCACAUUCCGAAAGUCCGACGUCUUCAGAGACUUUUUGCUAGCCAAGGUAAUCAACGCCGAGAACGCCGCGCACAAAUCCGAUAAGUUUCACACAAUGGCCACCAGAACGCGCCAGGAGUACCUGAAGGACCUGGCCGAAAACUGUGUCUCCAACACCCCCAUCGACUCUUCCGGCAAGUUCAACCUCAUCUCCCUGACCUCCAAGAAGAAGGAGAAGACCAAGGCCAGGGCCGGCGCAGAGCAGCACAGCGCGGGUGCCAUCGCCUGGCGCGUGGCAGCUCAGGACUACGCCCAGGGUGUGGAGAUCGACUGCAUCCUGGGGAUUUCCAAUGAGUUUGUUGUGCUCCUGGACCUGCGCACCAAGGAGGUAGUGUUUAACUGCUACUGCGGGGAUGUCAUUGGCUGGACCCCAGACGCCUCCACACUCAAAAUCUUCUACGGCCGAGGGGACCACAUCUUCCUACAGGCUGCAGAUGGCUCUGUGGAGGACAUCAGAGACAUUGUCCAGAGGCUCAAGGUGAUGACCAACGGCUGGGAGACAGUGGACAUGACCCUACGGCGGAACGGGCUGGGGCAGCUGGGCUUCCAUGUGAAGCAUGAUGGGACGGUGGCUGAGGUGGAGGACUACGGCUUCGCCUGGCAAGCUGGCCUCCGGCAAGGCAGCCGGCUGGUGGAGAUCUGCAAGGUGGCCGUGGUGACGCUGAGCCACGACCAGAUGAUUGACCUGCUCCGCACAUCUGUCACCGUGAAGGUGGUCAUCAUCCCUCCCUUCGAAGACGGCACUCCCCGACGGGGUUGGCCAGAGACCUAUGAUAUGAAUACUUUGGAACCCAAGACAGAGCCGGAAACCAGCACCCCUGGAGGCCGGCCCCCCUACCGCAGCAAUGCCCCCUGGCAGUGGAGCGGGCCUGCCUCCCACAACUCUCUGCCGGCCACGAAAUGGACAGCCCCUGCCACUCCUGGGCAUGUCCAGUCCCUGAGCCGACUCCCGAAGCAGACGCCUGUGGUCCCUUUCCGCGAGUCCCAGCCACUGCACAGCAAGAGGCCCGUCAGCUUUCCAGAAACACCUUUCACGGCAUCACCAGCAGGGGCCGACAGAGUCCCUCCCUACCGACAGCCUUCCGGGAGCUUCUCCACCCCUGGCUCUGCCACCUACGCGAGAUACAAGCCAUCUCCCGAAAGGUACACAGCUGCCCCCCACCCACUACUGUCAUUUGACCCUCACUUUAUCCACGAUGGGACUUCUAGCGGUGACUCCUCUUCAGGUGGCCUGACCAGCCAGGAGAGCACCAUGGAGCGCCCAAAACCAGAGCCUCUGUGGCACGUGCCGGCCCAGGCCCGGCUCUCAGCCAUGGCUGGAAGCAAGCAUCCCUCCAGGCAGGACGCAGCUGGCAAAGAUUCUCCCAACAGACAUUCCAAAGGUGAACCUCAAUACUCAAGCCAUUCCAGCAGCAAUACCCUCUCCAGCAAUGCCUCCAGCAGCCAUAGCGAGGACCGAUGGUUCGACGCCCUGGACCCCAUGGAGCCUGAGCCGGACCCCUUCUCCAAGGGUGGCUCGAGUGACAGCGGCAUCGACACCACACUCUACACCUCCAGCCCCAGCUGUAUGUCCCUGGCCAAAGCACCUAGGCCCACGAAGCCACACAAGCCCCCGGGAAGCAUAGGCCUCUGCGGCGGGGGCCGGGAGGCCGCCGGGAGGCCCCACCCCACAGACCGGCGGCGGGAAGUCUCCCCCGCGCCCAUGGUGGCUGGCCAGAACAAGGGCUACCGGCCGAAGUUGUACUCCUCAGCGUCCAGCACCCCCCCAGGCCUGGUGGGGGGCAGCCGAGACCCACCGAGGCAACCCAGCGACAUGGGCUCCAGGGCUGGCUACCCCACUCAGGUUUACAAAACAGCCAGUGCAGAGACUGCCCGGCCGUCCCAGCUCUCCCAGUGCAGCCCCUUCCAGCUCUCCACGUCGGUCCCCAAGUCCUUCUUCUCCAAGCAAUCUGCUGGGCACAGCAAGCACCCAGCCGGGUGGAAGAGGACGGACGAGCCCCCACCACGGCCACUCCCCUUUACGGACACUAAGAAGCCAGUGGACACCAACGCAAAGAACGUCUUUGGUCAGCCACGGUUGAGGGCAUCCCUGCGAGACCUCCGGUCCCCACGGAAGAACUACAAGUCAACCAUCGAGGACGACCUGAAGAAACUCAUCAUCAUGGACAACGUGGGGCCAGAGCAGGAGCGGGAUACGGGGCAGUCCCCACAGAAGAGCCUGCAGCGGACACUGUCAGAUGAGAGCCUGUGCAGCGGUCGCCGGGAGCCCAGCUAUGCCAACCCCGCCAGCCUGGAGCCCGGCCCGCCCAGUGGUCUGCUCUUCACCAGCACCGGCACUUUCCCCUCCAGCACGCUGCCCGCCCGCCGCCAGCACCAGCACCCCCACCCUCCCAGCGGGGCACCCAGCACCGGCCCAGCCACUGGCAAUGGCUUCCCAGAGAAGAAAUCCGCCAUCUCAGCCUCGGAGCUCUCGCUGGCUGAUGGACGAGAACGGCCCCUGCGGCGGCUUGACCCCGGGAUGAUGCCGCUGCCGGACACAGCUACUGGCCUGGAGUGGUCCAGCCUGGUGAAUGCUGCCAAGGCCUAUGAAGUGCAAAGAGCCGUCUCACUCUUCUCCCUCAAUGACCCAGCCCUGAGCCCAGAUAUCCCUCCUGCACACAGCCCUGUGCACAGCCACCUGAGCCUGGAACGGGGCCCACAGACUCCUAGAACCACUCCCACCAUGAGCGAGGAGCCGCCCCUGGACCUGACGGGCAAGGUGUACCAGCUGGAGGCGAUGCUGAGGCAGCUGCACACAGACCUGCAGAAGGAGAAACAGGACAAAGUGGUGCUGCAGUCGGAGGUGGCCAGCCUGCGGCAGAACAACCAGCGGCUGCAGGAGGAGUCGCAGGCCGCCAGCGAGCAGCUGCGCAAGUUCGCGGAGCUCUUCAGCCGGGAGAAGAAGGGACUCUGAGGCCCCUGGGCUGGUACCCUGGGCUAGCCCCUGGGCUAA